GAUGGGAAAGUUGAGAAGCAUGAUGGUGGCCAGUUCCUUGAGUUAUCCAGGGACGUUUACUAUCUUCUAGGAAAAGAUGAACAAGGUUCCAAUAUAUCCACUCUGUUCAUCCGUGAAUGUUAUCACCACCUGUGUAAUAUUAUUUUUGAGAAUGAAAAUAUCCGUCGUUGGCGUAUUACUGGCAAUCCGGGAAUUGGGAAAACCUUCUUUGGUUAUUAUCUACUUUAUCUCCUUUCACAACAACGUAAAACAGUUGUAUAUCACAAACUUGACAAUUGUCCGAUUCUCUUCAGUGAGAAAUGCGCUUUCAGUCACGACGUAGACAAUAUCCACGCAUUCAAAGAUUACUUGAGAAAUGAAGAAGUUUGGUAUAUCGUGGAUGGUAGGAAGCCGAUGGAAUAUGCCGCCAAGACAAUUCUCGUCUGUUCGCCCCAGAAACGCCACUACAGUAGCUUUGACAAGCUUGGAACAACUAUUCGGUACAUGCCGGUAUGGUCUUGGGAAGAGAUCGAUACAUGCAGGAUUAAGCUUUUCCGUAAUCUUACUAAAGAAUAUGUUCGGAAAUUAUACAAUAAAUGGGGUGGAAUUCCUCGGUUUACCUUGUUUUAUGCUCUCAAUGAUUCUCAGCAAGAUCUUCUUCAAAGGGCAAUUAAUUCGGUUAACGAUAAUUUGUUAAAUUUUGUUGGUGAGACCACAGAUGAUAAUAGCGCCAGUCAUAAAAUCGUCCAUAUCUGCACGAACAUACCAAAAGGAGAGGAUGAAGGAGAAGAUGAAGGAGAGGAAGGAGGUGAAGGUGUGGAAGAUGUGGAAAUAACUGAAGUAGAAGAUAAUUCUGGAGAGCCAUCUACGUCAAAAUCACCCGCAGUAACUAGACCAGAUAAAAGGAAAGGUGUUAUAGGGAAGAGAAAACCCUUCUAUUCAAUGUCAACUCUAGAGUUUGCGUCCGAUUAUGUUUCUGAAGAGAUAAUGGAUAAACUCAUAAAGAAUUAUAGAGAUCAGUUGGAAAAUUUCGUGAAAGCUAGUUCAUCGAUAAGUGAUUACAGUACACUCCGGGGCGCUAUAUUUGAGCGGAUCGCUCACAGAAAGUUACUAAAAGGAGGAUCGUUUAGGACUCGCCCUUUAUUCGCAUCAACUGUCUCUUGCUUCGGGGUGAAUAAUUCAAAACUAUCAAUACCCAUUCAGAACAAACUGCUGUUCAGUGACAUUAGUGAGAUUGUUCCUAACAUGUAUUGUAUUCCAACUCAAAAGAAUAACGCGUCUUUCGAUGCGUUCGUUUUUCCCGACACAUUCUUCCAGAUGACCGUUUCUGAGAGUCAUCCUAUCAUAAAGAGUGGGUUGGAGAAAUAUAUUAAUAAGAAUGAUAAUUCAGAUAUCAAAUUUUAUUUUGUCUUACCGAAGGAAAUAUAUAACUCUUACCAAGAGCAG